GCGCGCUGCAUCCUGGGUCCCGGCGUGUGUUUGGCUUGCGGGCGUCGUCAUGAACCCCGAGAGCUUCGCGGCGGGCGAGCGGCGAGUUUCGGCGGCCUACGUGAGGCAGGGCUGCGAGGCUCGGCGUGCGCACGAGCACCUCAUCCAGCUGCUUCUGGAGCAGGGCAAGUGUCCAGAGGAUGGCUGGGAUGACAGCACGCUUGAACUCUUUCUGCACGAGCUUGCAAUCAUGGAUAGCAACAAUUUCUUGGGUAAUUGUGGUGUGGGAGAAAGGGAAGGGAGAGUGGCCUCUGCUUUGGUUGCUCGUCGCCAUUACAGGUUCAUCCACGGAAUUGGACGAUCCGGUGAUAUUUCUGCUGUGCAACCAAAAGCUGCAGGCUCUAGCCUCUUGAACAAAAUUACCAAUUCUUUGGUGCUUAAUGUCAUAAAGCUGGCCGGUGUUCAUUCAGUGGCCAAUUGCUUUGUAGUUCCUAUGGCAACCGGCAUGAGUCUAACCUUGUGUUUCUUAACAUUACGACACAAAAGACCAAAGGCCAAGUAUAUCAUAUGGCCACGGAUAGAUCAGAAGUCCUGCUUUAAGUCCAUGGUCACUGCAGGUUUUAAACCAGUGGUGAUAGAAAAUGUUUUGGAAGGCGACGAGCUGCGCACUGACCUGAAUGCAGUGGAGGCUAAAGUCCAGGAACUCGGGCCUGAUCGUAUUCUGUGCAUUCAUUCUACUACGUCCUGCUUUGCUCCAAGGGUGCCCGAUAGAUUAGAAGAACUGGCUGUGAUUUGUGCUAAUUAUGACAUUCCGCAUGUAGUCAACAACGCUUAUGGAUUACAGUCUUCCAAGUGCAUGCAUCUCAUUCAGCAGGGGGCUCGGGUUGGUAGAAUCGACGUUUUCGUUCAGAGCUUGGACAAAAAUUUUAUGGUUCCAGUAGGUGGUGCUAUAAUUGCUGGCUUUAAUGAGUCCUUCAUUCAGGAAAUCAGCAAGAUGUAUCCAGGUAGAGCGUCAGCUUCGCCGUCCUUAGAUGUCCUUAUCACCCUGUUGUCCCUUGGCUGCAAUGGCUACAAGAAGCUGUUAAAGGAGAGAAAGGAAAUGUUUGUAUAUUUGUCCACCCAACUGAAGAAAUUGGCAGAGACCUACGAUGAAAGAUUGCUGCAGACACCUCACAACCCUAUAUCUUUAGCUAUGACACUUAGGACACUAGAUGGACAUCAUGAGAAAGCUGUCACUCAACUUGGCUCAAUGCUUUUUACCAGACAAGUUUCUGGAGCCAGGGCUGUGCCUCUUGGAUCUGUGCAAACUGUGAGUGGCCAUACUUUCCAAGGCUUCAUGUCCCACACAGAUAAUUACCCUUGUGCUUACCUCAAUGCGGCGGCAGCCAUCGGGAUGAAGACACAGGAUGUGGACUUGUUCAUAAAGAGACUUGAGAAGUGCUUAAACACAAUAAGAAAAGAACAACAAAAAGCAAAUGUUGUGGUUGUGUCUGGAGUUGAUGAUUGUAACAGAGCUCGAGAUGUGGACAUUGAGGAAAUGGCUUUGAAACUAGAUAGUGUCCUUGGUGACAAGGACCAACCACCUUCUUCAUGACACAGGUGUUUUUUUUUUUUUUUUUUUUUUUUUUUUUUUUUUUUUUUGCUACAGUUCAUACAAGCACUUUAAAGGAUAUAUGUAAAGUUUUUGAAUUGAGAAUUUAUAGAGAAUGUUCCGUCCAGGAAGAGAAUGGUCUGAGGGUAGCCAUUGGUGAUUGCUCUUUUUUAUCCUUAGAAUACCUCAGGCCUUAGGAUUGUUAACAAGUUAUAACAUGCAGUUGCAGUUAAUGUUUUCUGAUUGUUAUAUUACUUAAGCAACACAAUUCAGAUGAUUCUUACUAAUAUAAACUGUAAAGUUACAUGUAAUUCUCAUUGAAAUGCAGAGUGUUUCUUCUUAGCCAUUC